UUUCAAAGUACCAUGAGUAUAUUUCGCUUCGUUAUCUUCGAAACCUUAUUAUUCAUCGGCGGGGCGAGCAAUGAGAACGGCUUCAUCCUGACCGUGAUUCACACCAACGAUAUCCACUCUCACUUCGAGGAAAGCAACAAAGGAGGCGGUUCAUGCAGCGAGAAGAACAAAAGGGCCAAAGAGUGCUUCGGAGGGGUUGCAAGGAUUCUGACUAAGGUAAAAGAGCUAAAAGCAAGAUCAGAAAAUCCUCUUUUCUUCAAUGCUGGCGACUUCUACCAAGGCACCGUGUGGUACACAGUCCACAGGCAUAAAAUUGUUUCUGAGGCAAUGUCAAGAAUGAUGUACGACGCAGUGUGCUUGGGCAACCACGAGUUCGACGACGGGCCCGAGGGUCUUGUUCCCUUCCUGAAAAAAAUGGAAGCGGCAAACGUGGCGGUUUUGGGCACCAACCUGGAGACCUCAGAAGAACCGAGGAUGAAAGAGAUUCGGUUGAGAAGGUCCAUAGUAUACAGUGUCCAAGGGCAGAAGAUCGGAGUCAUGGGUGUAGUAACAACCGAGACAAGGACGAUCGCGAGGCCUGGUAGAGUGAAAAUAUUCGACGAGAUUAUAAGCAUCAGAGCGGAAGUAAAAAGGCUAAGACAGAAAGGUGUACGAAUAUUUAUCCUUAUAAGUCACGUUGGCUACGCCAAAGACAAAGAAAUUGCCAUAGCGAUUCCGGAGCUUCAGCUCAUCGUCGGGGGACACUCCAACACGUUCCUCUAUAGUGGUCGGAGCCCCAGGAAGGAGGACGUAAUAGAAGGACCCUACCCUACAGUCGUGAAGAGAGGCGAUGGAAGCUUCGCUCUGGUUGUUCAGGGUUUUUGGUUUGGCAAAUACCUGGGCCACCUAAAGCUCCGGUUCAGCAAUGAUGGACGGCUGACUGGAUGGGAUGGGAACCCUAUACUUUUGGAUCCAAGCAUUCAAGAAGAUAGACUAAUGAUCAAGAUGUUGACGGUGUACAAGAAACAAGUGGAGAAAGCGAGCAAGGAGUGCAUCGGAUUCACUAAAGUUCUGCUCGAAGCAUCUCACAAAGUGUGCCGCCUCAAAGAGUGCAACAUGGCCAACCUCAUCGCAGAUGCCUUCCUCGCCCACUACGCCAACCGGAAAAGCGCCAUUCCGCACGCCUGGUCCGACGUGAAUGCUGCUGUCGUAAACGCCGGCAUUACCAAGUGGUCCAUUCCACAGGGUGCCAUCCGCAGGGAAAACAUGAUGUCCGCAAUGCCCUUCGAAAGCACGCUCGUCGUGCUCACGAUGAGCGGAGCUCAGUUGUGGAAGAUGUUCGAUUUCAGUGUCUCGCAGUUCACCUGGUACGACGACCCGGUGGGAGCCUUUCUCCAGGUCUCAGGGAUCAAGGUGGCGUACAACUUUGCGCGCUGUGCAUUCCAGCGAGUCAUUCGACUCGAAAUUUUGUGCGCCAACUGCUCGAUACCCAAGUACGAGCCUGUCCAAUGGAAAAACACGUACAAAAUUGUCACUACCAGCUACAUUGCAAAUGGCGGAGACGGAUUCAAUUUUGACACGGACCUGAAGAAAGAGACUGAAGGGGCCAUUGACAACGAGGUGGUCACCCAGUACGUCCGCAAGAUGUCCCCUAUCAAGCAGGCCGAGGAGGGGAGAGUGGUCAUGUACAACAACGAAAGACCGGCAGGAGCGACAUCCGGUGGACUUUACCAAGCUUACCAAAGUCAAGGCUAG